AUGGUUCCUCCUCGUGGUUGCAGGAAAAAGGGGCGUUCUGGCCCUCCGGGUGCCCAAGGACGCGGGGGCGCAGUCUCUAGCGGCCAAGUUCAAGGCCAGGACGGGAACUCCUCCCAAUCUGUGGGCGGCAAUAGGCAUGGGCUGCGCCCAUCCCACUUCGGUCGUCAAAAUCGCGACCAGCACGGUGCUGCCCGUGGCGGCAACGCGCACGCAGGGCUGAAUCCCUCAGCUAACAGCUCGCGGAGGUCGGGCAGGGGUGGGCGUGGACGACGGUCUUCAGUCGCCGAACGAGAGGAUGUCGCGCCCUCCGACAAGGCUACGUCAUUGGGCACUCCCGACCACCUGAGUACGUUUUCCGUCGACAUUUACCACAGAGUGCCUCGACGGAACAUCAACUACCCCGGAUCGGACCGCAGCAAUUUGCCCGACGUCUCAAUCCACGGUAGCCAACGCGGCGGCACGCCGAACCCUGAUGACUUGCCCGGACCCGACGUGCGCAACGAGAUCGCUCCUAAGCACACCAUCGAUUCCUAUGUCGACGAGUACGGCAUCGAACACUGGAACCUUGCGUGCUGGGACUACUGUGCAAGGGAGGUCUGGGAGAUGGAGAAGCCUCACAACAAGAGGCUUUACCUCCAUGGGUUCGUCAACAGCUGGAUGGAGAACGUGCCCGACUUGCCGGUGGUCUCUCUUGGUCAGGAUGCCCCGAGGGAUCACUACAUGUGCGCCAUCGACCCACAGACCGGGACCUUCUUGCCGCCCAUCGAACACCCAGUUACUAUCUCUCGGCACCAUGAGCUCGAUCAAAAGGACACCGAGCUGUGCUGGCGGCACUUGUACAUGACCAGCGAAUUGGUCAUUUACAGGGAAAUGAAGCUGCGCAAGAGGCGAGAGAUACGUACACAAGGACGGCAGGCCAACAACUACUAUAAAGGCCGGCGCGGAUUCGAUGCAAAGCCAAUUACGGGUGUCGAUCUUCCCCGAGACUACGACCCCGAUAACGAGACUCAUGUCUCACUCCCCUUUAGGCCUGUGGAACAGAAGGCGGGCGAACAACAGGUUGUCGAACCCGAACCGGGAAAGGUAGAAUACAAGACAUACCAGCCCAAGGUGCCUUGCUUCCUCCGCCCUGCCAAGCUCGGCGACAUGCAAGCUAUCUGCGACAUCUACAACUGGGAAGUUGAGCACGGCAUCCAGGCCUUUGACACUCAGCCUGUCUCAGUGAAAGUUUUUGAGAACAUAUUCUCGACUUCUCGGGAGAAUGAGCUGCCGUUUAUCGUCGCUGUACACGGGUCAGCCAGAGACAACCGGUACAGAAAGGGCAACGUCGACCUUUCGACCUGGCCUCAGCCGGCUUCCACUCCAGAGAGCAAGAAGCUUGAUGGCAAGGUCCUCGGUUUUGCUUACCUGUCGGUCCUAGAACCAGGUCUCGGAGGAAGCAUGUCCGGGAGCGGCUGUGCUGCAACGAGAGCUUACGUAUUCGUCCAUCCCGACUUCCGCCGCAAGAAGAUCGGCUUCUCGCUUGUGGACCGACUGCUCAUCUGCGUCUCGUUGACACAUAUUCCGCAAAAGGCUCAUGAUUUCAUCGACCUACAGAACAGUCGCUGCUACCGUGGUGCCUGCCAGCAGCACGGGCUUCCACGCCAGAUCUACAAAAUCCAACUUCACUACCACGUUCGCCACAAGCACAUCACUGUGGGCGAUGAGGAGCUAGAGAAGAAGCAGGCUAGCUACGAUGAUGAGCUAGUUAGCAUUCGUAAGGUGCUCGAUGAAAAGCUAUUCUUCGACGAGGCUUUCCGCUUCGAGGCGGUCCAUUGCCUGCCUGGUCGCGGUGAAGGUGGCAAGACGAUGUGGGUUGACUCGGUCGUCUUUGAGCAUCCCUGCGUUAGAGACCCAAGGAUCCUCAACAAGGAUAACUGA